AUGGAUUUAAAGUUCAAGUUUGACGAAUGUGCCUUUUUGAGCAGCAUCGCUCCGAAAAUUUCUAACUUCCUUCAGCUGGAAUCUCAGCUUCUGAAGCACCUUACACUGGACACCCAGUUCGGCUCCGGUGCUCCCACUCUCAACUCUGCAAAGCUUGACAAACUGACUCAAUUGUCCGGGGACAUGUUUGCUGACAUUUCCAAGGUCUCCAACACUCUUCACGAGGUCGCGAAUGAGAUAAAUCCAUCUUACACCCGUUUGACUCCCUUUUAUUUUAACGACAGGAGCUCCUUCAAGGACCUGGACUCCUUCCCCUACACUUCUCCACUGGAGCUACAGGUAUCUCGACAGCUUCUUCGGCUGCAGAGCGAAUUUUUCAAUGGGUAA